ACGCGAAUGCGCUAUAGACGGCGGCGUGCGUAGCGAGUGGCUUCCAUCAGUGUCUUUAUAACUGCGCAAUAGGAUAUCUUUCAUCUCUCGACUCGAUCCUCACAAUGUUUUAUAUCUUCAUUUGUCAGAGUGGGUGGAAAGUAACACAAAGUUCAAAAUGCAUCAAGCGCCUACAGUUGUUUAGCAAUAUAUGUUGGUCAGCAGCAGAGAGGGAUGCAUCCCCACCUAUAAAAAGGUGUGCCAUUGAGAAGAGGACUGAAGAUGAAUUGUGAACUGUAGUUAUUGCGAGCCAUGGUUUGAUUGAUUAGCUGAGGAUGAAUAUCCAACAAAGCCAGUAGUCUUCCAAAAGAGUAUAGGAUGAUUUUCAGAAGACCCUUCUCCCUCAUUGGCUGGUGUGAAUUAAAUGGCGGUGUGGAGCCCCGCCCCUCAGGUCUCUGCACGUGGAUCAGUCUGGUGUUAGAGCCUCAUCAGAGAGGAGAAGAAACCAGGAGAAGAGGAGAGGGAAGAGAGGAAGAGGAGAGGAUUGGGGGAGACAAGGAGGAGGAAAGAGGAAAAGGGGGAGAAGGGCAGAUGAGGAGCCGAGGCCAGGGCGUGUGGAGCAGAAAGAACCCAUUACAGAAGAGACAAAAAAGAAAGCUAACAGAGAAGGUGGAUGCCUGUUCUGUUCAACGGGUCUUCAAGCUGAAGCGGGCUGUGGUCUCUCUCACUGAGUGGUAUCUUCACACAGCUGAGACCACAGAAUCUGUCCUCCCCCCCCCUCUCUCUCACAGCACUAAGCAGCCAGGUUGUGGUUCAGAGCAGACAGACAGGCAGACAGGUGCUACUGUGUAACCCUCUCAGUUCUGUAGUGGAGGGAUUCACUGACUCAGACCAGUGUGGCUGAAUGUAUCACCCAGCAGAGCAGUAUUCUGGGCGGAACACCAGGGACCCUGCUGGAGGACCUCACAGAGGAACAUGGGCCCCUAUCAACAGUCGCCCUUGGGGGCCUCCGAACAGAUACAAUGGAGGAAUCACCCAAUCCCAGCACCCAAACAAAAUGUACAACGGCAGGGGGGACAGGCCACCCUUCAAUGCCCAGGGAAGGGGCUCUCAGCGGGACCAGAGACCAGCACCACGACCCUGGGACCAGAAGGAGUAUGAGAGCCAGAGCUGGCACCCGGACCUCCCGCGCUCAUUUCAAAACCAUAGCCGCAGCCAAGCUGGACCAAGGGACCCGUACAGCUGGGACUCCUAUAACAGCCAGUCUCACCGGUAUGGAGGUCCCGUCCAGCACCAUCGGCCUAGAGACACCCCAAGAGACCUGGGUUCCCCAGCAGACAGGUGGACCCCCUCAGAUCGCUCCAGGGCCUUCCCAGGCAGGAUGACAGACCAGGGACCAUGGAAGCGCCUGGCCCCCCACCAUCACAACCAGCACCGCGACCAGCCACCACGCCGGUCCCCACCCUCGCCACCCCCCCCUACCCCCAGGGAAGACUGCCCUGCCAAGAGGAGCCGGAGCUCGGGCCCUGAACAGGCCCCUCUCUGUGGAUCAAAGCAUUUAUCUGGCACAGACCAGCCCCCAUCACCAACCCGCUACCCUCCCCCCAAACAAGGCUUCUGCAACCAAUCAUAUGACCGGCCAGGACCUCGCACCCAUUCUGACAGGAGGGCCUCUUCUACAGAGUUGCAACAUGAACCCAAUAAAUCAGGAUCAGGGGUGGGCAGCUACAGAACCCAUCAUUCUACCCCUUCUCCAGUUCCCCAGCCGCCCUCUGCGGGCCAAGGCUCGCACCCUCCCUCCAAUCCCCGUCCACCUCCCGCGUCCCGCUCCUCACCAGCAGACCACACCAGCGUGCCUUACAGCCAGCACCACCACCAGCACCGCCCAUCCUCCCCCCCAGUCCCUCGGCACAGCCCACCACCUCCACGCUCCCACAGGCAGCAGAGGGAUCCCGCCUCCUCCCAGGCCACAGAGCCUCCCCACCGCAACAGCAGUCACAGAGAUGGAGGCUCAACCACAUUAAACUCCUCUGGCCUCCCCGGGUCCACACUCACCGGUGAGGCCAGUGCCAACAAAGACACGCCAACCAAUCAGAGGAGUCCUGUCAAUGGCACCCCCCGCAAACGGGGUCCGAGGACCCCCUCGCCCAGUCCAACACCUCCCUCGCUCUCUGCUUCGCUCCCAGGGCCGGGCCCAGGGCCUCAGGGGUCAGAGGUGAAGCCCGGCAGGACUUCGGAGGCGCAUGCCUCACUGAGCUCUCCCCAUGACGGGCCCACGGUCUACAGCAACACUGUCAAGAAGCCCAAGUUGCCGCCUCGUGGACACAAACAGACGAAACACAAGGACAAGGAAAGGAGAGCAGAUGGAGGUGAGGAGGAAACGAGGGAACAGAUGAGGAGGAUGGAGGAGAGGAGGAGGAGAAAGGAGAAGGCAGAGAGAAGGGGGAAUAGGCUGAAGAUUAAAAACCUAAAAGGGGUGGAACUAAAGGGCACAGUGGAACGAAAGAAGAAGAAAGAUGAAGGGAGGAAGGCAGAGAAAAGGGAGGAGAGCCUUCAGGAUAAAAAGCUGGGAAAAGUCGAGGGGGGAUCUUCGAAGUCCCCACGUAAAUCAUCCCUCCAUCAGUCAGAACGACCUUCACACCCGAAGACUCAGUCUGGAUGUGAGGUUCCAGGCCAACCCUGCCGAACAUCAUCAACCCCAAGCAAACACAGACACAGAGAGAAGGGCCAAGCAAGAGGUGGGACGUCCCACGACCACAGCUCUCCAAAUACCUCAGAGACAAUCCCGCCUGCCAUCCACCCUAGCCAGCCCACACUCUCACCCCAUCCAUCCAAACACAAAGUAUCUGAGAGGGGAGGGACCCCGAACAAAUCAAAUCCCAAACCCAAUGUCAAGGGCUCACCACUGCCAACCUGCCCCUCCCCCUCUACCACCAAUAUAAGCACCAGCAAGACCAGUAAGACCAGCCUCCAGCCCGCCAGCCCUCCAACACACCCUAAAAGCAGCCCAGGAAGGAGACUUGAUUCCACCCCCUCCACGCUCUCAUCCAAAGCCCCAACAUCUCCCGCUGAAGCCGGGUCACAGGAGUCUAUCCGGGCCCAGCAGAGCCAGACACAGACAGUGGCCGUGUCUCCAGAGGGGGGUGUCCUGAGGGCCCCAGAUCUGCAGCCUGCAGCGGGGGUGGGCAGUGGGGAGGAGCUGGGAGACAACCCCCCAGCCAGCCCUCCGGUUCUCAGCUGGCAAGGCUCCCCCGCAUCAGCCCUGAGUGAGGAAGAAGAGGAGGAGGAGCUGGGAGUAUUGCAGAGACCUGUCCUUCAGCCAAGCCCCACCCACAGCCCAUCCUUCUCACCCCUCCACGGAGACUCGGAGGGUGUCAGUAAGAAGGUAGAGGCCAAUCAGGGGAGGGGCAAUGAUGACCUUUGCCAUAGCGACCUGGCCAAGCUCUACGGUCUGCCUGACACACCCAAUGGUGUGGAGGACGAGGAUGAGGAAGGGGAGGACAGUAGCGGGGACACCUCGUGCAGCUCUCUGCCUCCGUGUCGGCCACACCUCCACCAGACAGGAGUGUCUGAUGUCUUCAAGUCUUUGGCUUCGUACCUUGGGGGCCAGCGCUACACAUAUCGGGGAGGUCCGUUUGGCCGUCCUCCCGCCAGCUCCAUGGGAGGAGUGAAGUACUCCUCUUCUCUCACCAUGGAUCCAGAAACCAACUGUCAGGACCAACAAUGCCCCUCCCCCACAACUGACUCCAGCACACCCCCGAGACUGACCACUCAAUCACCAACUCACUCUACCUCAGAUACACCUUCCAAACCCCACCCUCCCCUAGACCUCGACAAACCUCAGCUCUCCGUUGGGGAGCGCACAAAACAGAAGCAUGCAAGGCUGGUGGAGAUUCAGAAUGAGAGGAAAAAGGAGAGGAGCAAGGGUGCAGACAGUGAGGUCACAGCGGGGUCUCUGAGAGCUGAGCUGAGACUGACCACCACACACCGGCUGUCUGCUAACAACAAACAGGAUCGGGGACUGAAGGAGGUGCGCCGGCAGACCGAUAGAAAGAGGGAGCAGAACAGUUCGGAUGGACGCAGGGACGGAGAAGCGAGGAGCAAGAGAAGAAAACAAGACCACAGCAUCAGUAAUCAUCACAGCAGUGGAGGCAACGACAAGAAAAAGACAGAAGAAAAGAGUGACGACAAGUGUACCUCGGUUAGCUUGCCGUCCUCAACACCUCCCCACAGUAGCCCCGCCAAGCAGCUCAGAGACAGGAAAAGCCGUCAGAUUCAGGGGAACAUCCAGAGCAAAGACAUCCAGAGACAAAGAAACAAGGAGAAUUCUGAGCAAGGGUCACAAUCAACCAAGACUAAGGGGGAGAGAAGCAGUGAGCCUGAAACCAAAAGGUCCACACCAGCCGGCAACAAAGACGCGGCAAGCGUAACCAACAGCACCUCCUCUACUGUUAGCACAUUACCCACCCCGACCCCACCUGCCCCCACAGUGAGGAGGACCCCGUGUCCCCUGGCCGCGGCUGACUUCCUGAAGCUGAAGGCGCUGUCCAUGGGCCCCCCCAAAGAGCUGAAGGUCCAUCUGAUCAAGGUGGAGAGUGGUGACAGAGAGACGUUUAUCGCCUCUGAGGUCGAGGAGCGCAGGAUCCCACUGGAGGAGGUCAGCAUCAAGAAUACGGCCAGCGAGGUCAUCAGGGCCUGCAAGGCAGCAAAGGUGAAGGGAAAGUUCCGGGAGUCCUACCUGCUUCCUGCAUUCUCUGUCAAGCCAGUCCUCAGUACCAUCACACCCAUCGCUCGUGAGAAACUCAGUCCCCCCACACCAAGCAUCUAUUUGGAGAGUAAGAGAGAUGCCUUCUCCCCAGUCCUGCUCCAGUUCUGUACUGACCACAAGAACCCUGUAACAGUCAUCAGAGGCCUGGCUGGGUCCCUCAGACUCAACCUGGGAUUGUUUUCCACUAAGUCUUUGGUGGAGGCCAAUGCAGAGCAUGCUGUGGAGGUGAGGACCCAGGUGCAGCAGCCGGCUGAUGAGAACUGGGACGCCACUGGUUCCGUGCAGACCUGGCCCUGCGAGAGCAGCCGCUCACACACCACCAUUACCAAGUAUGCCCAGUACCAAGCCUCCAGCUUCCAGGAGAGCCUCCAGGAGGAGAAGGACAGUGAGGAUGAGGAUGAGGAAGAACAGGAAGAGAAAAAGAUGCCGUCCAGUGACCAAUCAGCCAACCCCACUACAGUCAUCAGCAAAACCAGCCCUACUAUGGUCACUAGCAAAUGUAACCCCACCGGUGUUGCUAGCAAAGUCGGCCCUAUCCCUAUAGCUAACACACUCAGCCCGGAGGCUAAAUCAACCGGAAAGAUCAUCAAAUUCGGGACAAACAUCGACCUGUCGGAUCCCAAGCGGUGGAAGCCACAGCUGCAGGAGCUGCUAAAGCUGCCGGCAUUCAUGCGGGUGGAGUCCAACGGGAACAUGCUGAGCCACGUGGGACACACCAUCCUGGGCAUGAACACCGUUCAGCUCUACAUGAAGGUCCCCGGCAGCCGAACGCCUGGCCAUCAGGAGAAUAACAACUUCUGCUCGGUGAACAUCAACAUUGGCCCGGGGGAUUGCGAGUGGUUCGCUGUUCACGAACACUACUGGGAGCACAUCAACAACUUCUGUGAGAUGCAUGGAGUGGACUACCUGACGGGAUCCUGGUGGCCCGUCCUGGAGGACCUGUACCGCACCAACAUCCCGGUCUACCGUUUCAUCCAGAGACCGGGGGACCUGGUGUGGAUCAACGCAGGGUCCAUCCACUGGGUUCAGGCUGUGGGCUGGUGCAACAACAUUGCCUGGAACGUGGGACCUCUUAACUCGUACCAGUAUCAGCUGGCUCUGGAGCGCUUUGAGUGGAACGAGGUCAAGAAGGUCAAGUCAAUCGUUCCCAUGAUUCACGUCUCCUGGAACGUGGCCCGCACUAUCAAGAUCACCGAUCAAGAGACCUACAAGAUGGUCAAACAUUGUCUCCUGCAGUCCAUUAAGCACAUUCAGAUUCUGAGGGACCAGCUGGUUGCAGCAGGGAAGAAGAUCUCUUAUCAGAGCCGUGUGAAGGACGAACCAGCCUACUACUGCAAUGAGUGUGAUGUGGAGGUGUUUGACUUGCUGUUUGUGACCAGUGAGUCUGGCAGCAGGAAGACCUACAUGGUACACUGUGAGGACUGUGCCCGGACCGUCUCCAAGAGCCCCUCACUGGCUGGAGUGGUGGUGCUGGAACAGUAUCGCAUGGAGGACCUAAUGAGAACCUACGACAGCCUCUGUGUGACUCCAACACCUUGCUCUAAGUGAGGCCUCCUCCCUGUUGUCCAACAGCCAUAACCAAAACUCCUACUCAGUGGCAGCAAAGACAUUGUCUUCAAAGGAAUUCUACUACUGCUAACACUUGGUGAACAGCCAACCAUGUUUACUCAGUAUUGUUUACAUCACAAUAAGAUAUCGGCCGUCAGCCAAUUGAAUUCCAGCUCACUGUUGUCUUCCCCUCCCACCAGCUGCUGAUUGGAUUUGAGUCUUGAGAUAGAAUGACUAGACUGGUACUACUACUCGUUAAAAACAUGUCAGAUUACUAGAGAAAAUGUGAACAUUGUUAGCACUGGAAAUCAGGUCUUAUUUAAAACGGACACUGCUGUGAUUCAAAAGCGUCAAGUAGCCAGUAUAUGGUGCAUUAAUUCAGGUACUUUUAUGCAAAUCCAAUGGAACUUUUUUUACACCAAUCUAGUUAUUCUAUGUCCAUGAAUUUACUGUGUUGCUACGGUAACAGCAGGGGAAUCGCUUCACUAGCAAAGUAGCUGAUAGUCUCAAUGAAAUUACAUUGUUUUGGUUUUGUUUUCUAUUCAGGUGAACUCUGACAUUUGUAAUUCCUGUCUGUAUACUCUUUGGGUGCUAUUUCCAUUUUAUUUAUUCUGAAGUAGAUAUUUCAAAAGUUUCUCAGCCUAGAAGUACACCACAUUGGCCUUGCGGACUGUAUUUAGAUGAAAAGAGAAUUAGAAAAUCAAACAUGCAGACAAUUUUCUAAAACAUUAGGAAUAUUCAUUUAAGAAAUUGUUGUAAUUUCUCUCAAAUACGGGUUUUCUAGAGAACUAAUCUGGUUUCACUCUCUAGUGUGUUUAAUCUAGUGUGUUUUAUUGUGAUUUUAUUGUUUUGCAUAAUCCUGAAUAAUGUUUGGUAGAGAGAGAUGUGGUUGCUACAAUACACCCUUAAGAAGAUCCUCUUCCUUUACCUUUUUCUGUUCAUAAUGGGAUCAUUCUGCCUGUUUUUAUACCUCUUUUGGUUGCUAUGUCCUUUUCUGGAUGACAGAAGAAAAAAAACGAAGAAUUGUAAAUUGUGACUUUAUUUAUACUUGUAUAUGUUUGUUUUCUUAAAUGUAUUUAUUGCAUAUUGAUGGUGCUUCUCUGGGGACACCAGCUAUUUUUAAAGUUUCCUAUUGUGUGUGGACAGGGACGGGCAAGUAGGGGAGGUUGGAUUUUAAUGGUGCUCAAAACCCUUUUGCCUCGCCACCCCCUCAUUGACUGUGUAUAAAUGAUCUAUGAAUAUAAGUAAAUGAAUAUAACUUAAACCGAGAGGUUGGUGCUUAGGACCGCGUCGUUACGCUUACCGCUGAAUCAUUAGAAUGAUGUAUUUGUACUGUAUCUAACUGAUAAACACCAUACCUUUUUCAACUUUUUUGCAUUGUAUGAAAUUCAUAAAAGUGUGUUCCAUUUGUGAUUUUUCUGAAGAACAUUAGCAGUAGUGGUAGUUUCAGCUACUUUUGAAAGAGACUAAGGGAUGUGUAGUGAUGUCUGGGUUUGGGUUUCUUCAGUGUCCUGUGCUCAUGAGUAUUAUUUAAAGGUUGUAAUCUGACUUCCCUCCCUCUGGAUGGCUUUAUUUAAGCUGCACUGUUAAAAAAAAAAAAAAAAGAUAAAAAA